CCGGAAAGUGACUCCGAAGCCACAACGCGUUGUUGACGAGGGAAGUCUAGGUUGGGUGAAGGAUCGGAGAAGGCCCUCCCAGAUUCGGGCUCCCAGCCCCAGGGCCCUGGGGCGCGGGAGAAGCGCGGGCACCCCGGCGGGCACCUAGAGGAGCGGGCGGAACUCGCGGCCUCGGCGGGCGGUGGUCAUCAGUUUCCUCUGGCUAGUCACCCAUCCCAGAUAGCCUUGUUUAUGAAAGACUGACUCUCAGGGAGAGGCCUGUGUACAGAUAAUUUUCUCGACUCGCCACCCGCGAGGUGGACUUGCUACCUCCUGGCGUUGUUUUCCAGGACUCCAGGUAGAAGCCAUGUCUAUUUGGGGGUUUGCUUCCCCGACUCCCGACCGCUUUGCGGUGUCUGCGGAGGCAGAGGACAAGGUUCGUGAACAGCAGGCUCGUUUGGAGCGGAUCUUCAGCGUGGGAAUGAGCAUCCUCUCUAAAGACUGCCCAGAGAACCCUCACAUCUGGUUGCAGCUUGAGGGCCCCAAGGAGAACGUCUGCCGAGCCAAGGAAUACCUGAAGGGUCUCUGCAGCCCAGAACUACAGAGUGAAAUCCGCUAUCCACCCAGACUGCACUGCAUCUUUCUGGGAGCCCAAGGCUUCUUCCUUGACUGCCUGGCCUGGAGCACGUCUGCCCACCUGGUACCUCUGGCUCCUGGCUCUCUGCUGAUCAGUGGCCUAACUGAGGCGUUUGUGAUGGCCCAGAGCCGGGUGGAGGAGUUGGUGCAGCGGCUGAGCUGGGACCUUCAGCUACAGUCUUAUCCUGGAGCCCCUGACAAUGGUGGAGUGCUGAGAGACUUCUCUGCCCUGCUGCAGACUAGGCAGGAUGUCUACACAGAGGCCCUGCUGCAGCUACCCCUGGCUGUGCAGGAGGAGCUCCUAAGCCUGGUGCAGGAGGCGUCCAGAGGGCAGGCUCCACAGACACUGCCCUCUCGUGAGAUGGCGAGCCCAGGCCUAUUGAAUGCUCAGUUCCAGGGAGUCAGGGCUCCCUCGAAUGAAGGCAGGGAAUCCCUGGGCAGUGGAGUGGUAGGGUCAGGAAAGUCGUGGGCAGUAAGAGGACAGAGUCAUACUGUGGAGAGGGAGGGAAGGAAACAGGAUGGUGCCAGGGAUGUGUGUUCAGGGCGGAGGGAGCUGUCUGGGGAGGAGGGGUGGGAGACAGGAAUGGCUCUCAGGUCACAGCUAGCAGGCGGCGGAGCUGAGGACGUGGCUGCUGUUAAAGGAAAGGCCCCAGGGAAACCGGAGGUCCCUCAGCAGAGAGGGGGCUUCAGUGUGCAGGGCGAACCUUCUGGUGCCCAUGUGCCUUGUCAGAGGGCAGCUCCAACCCGGGGAGCCUCUCUCCUCCAGCGGCUCCAUAAUGGGAACACCUCACCUCCAAGAGUGCCUAGCCCUCCACCUGCGCCGGAACCCCCAUGGCCCUGUGGAGACCGAGAUCGGGGAGACAGGGGAGACAAGCAGCAGGCUGGGGGUCGAGGCCGAGGGUCUCCAUGGAAGCGAGGCACUCGUGGGGGCAACUUGGUGACUGGCACCCAGCGGUUCCAGGAAGCCUUGCAGGACCCUUUCACCCUGUGCCUUGCCAAUGUGCCUGGCCAGCCAGACCUCCGUCAUAUUGUCAUUGAUGGCAGCAACGUGGCCAUGGUGCACGGCCUCCAGCACUACUUUUCAAGUCGGGGCAUUGCUCUUGCUGUGCAGUACUUCUGGGACCGUGGCCACCGUGACAUAACCGUCUUUGUGCCUCAGUGGCGCUUCAGUAAGGAUUCCAAGGUCAGAGAGAGUCACUUCCUGCAGAAGCUGUACUCCCUGAGUCUGCUUUCUCUGACACCCUCACGAGUCAUGGACGGCAAGAGGAUAUCGUCUUAUGAUGACAGGUUCAUGGUGAAGCUGGCUGAAGAGACGGAUGGGAUCAUUGUCUCCAAUGACCAGUUCCGGGAUCUGGCUGAGGAGUCUGACAAGUGGAUGGCGAUCAUCAGAGAGCGCCUGCUGCCCUUCACCUUUGUGGGGAACCUCUUCAUGGUCCCAGAUGACCCACUGGGCCGAAAUGGCCCCACGCUGGAUGAGUUCCUGAAGAAGCCCGUCAGGAAACAGGGCUCUUCUAAGUCUCAGCAGCCCUCCAAAGGUCCCUCAGAGCACGGCAGUCAGCCACAGGGGAAGGAAGUGGGGAGGAGCAACGGUGGCAUACGGAAGACCCGGGAGACGGAGCGGCUCCGGCGCCAGCUGCUCGAAGUGUUUUGGGGUCAGGACCACAAGGUGGACUUCAUCCUGCAGCGGGAGCCGUACUGCCGGGAUAUCAACCAGCUCUCCGAGGCCCUGCUGAGUCUCAACUUCUGAGCCUUUCUGUCCUGCACAGCUGCUACCUUAUUAAGUCAGCCUCGCCCAGCCCAGUCCCUUCUCUUACAGUCCCUCUGCUGCUCAGACUAUGACCUGGACUCACUCUAAGAUGGUGCAUCGGCCAGAGGAAGCACCAGAGAAGAGAAUCUGAGUGUGGUACCUUACCUGGGGUACUGUGAGGACAAGUCCUUAAAGUGACUCAGCCUGAGGAGGACCACAGCCAGCUCUUAGAAGGUUUUGAUCAGACUCAGCUCCUCAGCUCUGUCUUUACAGAGGGUUCCCAUAGGGUGUAGAGGCUGUUCCUGGAGACUAAGGCUAUGGUUUCACUACCAAGUUCCUUGGUUGGAGGCUGGGGGAGGCUGGAGGUGACAAAAAGGCUAAUCUGAGGAAGAAAGCAGCCUCUGGCUGCUCCUCUGAGUGUAGGAUAGGCCGAGCUGUACCCUGGUGUGUCUGGAGGACUGCGGGGUCCCCGAGGGGUCACAGCUCUGCUCCUCUGAGUGGUAGGAUAAGGUUGAGCCGUACCCUGGCGUGUCCAGGAGGACCGCGGGCUCUCCGAGGGGGGUCACAGCUCUAUGUGGACUGGUGCACUGGGACAGCUGAGAACCAGAGGCAGAAGGGGGCAGGCUUCCAGUCUCACUGUGCCUGCCUGUGACCUUGACAGUUGCUUGGCCUUUGCUGACUCAGUACAUCAGGCAUAAACAUAAUGGUGAGGGAAAUGAGAACAGAGAAGGCUCCUGUGUACAGGCUGCCUAGCCAAAACUUCAUGUUUAGAGAUGUCCACUGUCCACUCCCUUGAUUUUAACGCUGGGUUUUCAAUAGAACAUGCCCUGUAAUGGCUGCUUCCCUUUCCAGCAACCUUCAAAACUCAUGCUAACAAAAUAGUCAAGUUAGGGUUGAUGGUUGCAUUGCUUAAAUACUCUCAGGGCUCCCAUAAAUGGCAGCUGCUCAAUUGCAUUUCAAGUGUUUGUUUACAGAUUGACAAGGCCCUGGUUAAAUCCUCUUUCUGGUGUUGAGCCUAUUCACCAAACCCGUGACGUCAUGAUGGGCAGUGACAGUGUUAGUGGGGUUUAUCUAAUAUUUUCUUUAUGGAAGACAGGUUUCAUUUGGCAAGACACACUGCUGCAUUGUAUAUAUGGAAGUAGAAGGUGAAGCACCGGGAUUGAAAGAUGCCUGACUGGUUACAGCCCAACUCCACCUGCCUGUCAUGACAAGCGUUUACAUUCCGGUUCCCACAAGCCAUUGUUCUACACCUGGUUGAACUCUUUCUGUGCCAGGGAAUGUACUAUCUGCCAGGAGGCACGUUCCUUACUUGGAUGUGUACAUCAGGUUUUUCUCUAGUGUAGUCUAACGUGCUUUUCUGUACUUUUACCUUCCCCAGGAGUAAUUCAGAGCUAGUCAACUUCUUAGAGGCCAGAGUCAGAUAGAGGCCUAAAAAGGUAAGGCAGGGGGCCCUGGGUUCGUGUAGCAAGUCCCUGAAUUAGAUGCCUUUCCGGCUCUAACGUAUUCCAAGUGACACAGAGUGACUGUGUGGUUCUCUGAGUCCCAGUGUCUUGUUUCGCCAGCAAUUGUCAUUUCACACCAGAUUGAUUAGGUGUGGGAGACAAGUUGAUCAAGGAAAUGACAAGGGAAGAGAAGAGAAUGUUCUCACUGGGUGCUGGUAGAACUGCCUUUUACGUUUGAUUGGCAUCUUGCUCUUUUCACUUGCCGUGGCGGUGGGUGUACAGAAGGCCGGGAUUAUCUUCCCUUUUAUGCUGAGGGCCCUGGAAGGCUGAAUGUCCCCAGGAAGAUGAGAAGCAAAACUUAGAGGGACACUGACUGUCUGACUGCAGUGUGAUGGGCUGGGACCUGUACAUGUUUACUGUAUUAGUUCAUGGCUGGUUGGUAAACACUAAAGGCUAACCUUCAGGGCCUUUUCUCCACUUUUGCUGGCAUCCUCUGAACAAGGUGGUCAGGGUGACACCAGAACGCAUUGGAGAUAGAUCAUUAUAUAUGUUGUCUUUAA